AGAGAGAGAGCUGCAAUAAUAAAUGACAAAAGUCACACUCCAUUGCUCUGCUUCAGUCUUUCUCCAUCUUACCUUGGAAGAAAAGGUUCCCUUCUUCUUCAUCCUCAGAUACGUCCUCAUUCAGCCUCUUCAAGCUUAAGAUUAAAGGGAAAAUAAAACCAGUAGCUAGAGGGAGACCCUCGAGCUGCUCUCCUCCGUCCCGUCCCAUUCCGGUCCCUGAAAGCAGAUCAGGGAGAAGACAAGGGCAGAGCGAGUCAACCAGGCAUGGCGUGUUUGACGAGGAGGCUCACGUUUUUAGUCGUGUUAGCCUUCUCAGCCGUGGCCGCGGAGAGCAGAGAUCCAUACAGGGAGAGCACAGAUCAAUAUAUUUGCAUGUUGGCUCGGGAAAGCCUGCCCCUUGUAAGCAAAGGGGCAGGAUUAACUGCAGCUAAUGGAAAGCUGUGUGUACUAUGCGAGCAGUACUCAACUGAAGCACUGUUCUACCUCCAACAAAACGAGACCCAGACCGAGAUUCUCAGUGUCCUCCACCACGGGUGUGCGAAUCUUGGCCCUCUAAGACAGCAGUGCAUCACACUGGUGGACUACUACAUCCCCCUUUUCUUCAUGGAGGUUUCUGCGGUGAACCCUGAAGUGUUCUGUGAAUCAGUGCACCUUUGCCCAAAGGGGACAAGAAGUCGGCUGCCCACUCGACGGGAUACUUGCGGUCUGUGUCAUCAUGUUCUUGUGGAAGUUCUCACCAUGCUGAAAGAUCCCAACAUGAAGCUCGAGAUAGUUGGGUUUCUUCUAAAACAAUGCAGCAAGGCGGAGAACUACGCACCGCAGUGCAAGAGACUGGUCCUUGAAUAUAUCCCACUGAUUCUGGUGAAAACUCAGAAAUUGCUUGAGACGACAGAUGUUUGCUCUGAUAUACAUGCAUGCAAAGCAGUCAUACAAGCAACAACGGAAACUGUUUCUCUUUCUGCGGCUUUGUAAAAGACAAUGUAAAUCAGGACAAAUGCUUAGAAAUCGAAUUGGAGAAGAAGCUGAAGUUCAAACGCCUGUGAAAAUUCUUUCCUCGAUUGCUCAAAGCCUCAAAAACUAUUGAGUUAUGAAACUUUCAGCCCUACCAACUGUUCUCUGAGGUCUGAACUUACAGCAAGAGCAACUUUACCACCAUUCUUUUCAAGUGUCUCGACUCUCUAGCAUUGGAUGGAGAAGUCAAACAUAUGUAGUUACCACAUUGUAUUAACUGUUAUUUGUCCAAUCAUGAUGGUGCUAUUACCAAAAAGGAAGCAUAUCCUGAGUUUUGAUUUCGAAA